AUGUCCCUUCAUCUCUGGGGUGCACCGUUCGACGCAGAAUCUCUGGCGGCGGCGAAUUUUGUUGCUGAAAAUUGCAAGAACAUUGAAAUUGAACUACUGUACGACUCCAACUACUUUCUGUCGCCAAAUGGCAAAUUACCGGUUCUUCUAGAUGGAGAUCUUACCUUGGAAGGUUACAAAGAGAUCGUCAACCAUCUGAUCAACAAACACAACCUACUUGCUUGUUCGGUGGAGCAGAAGCUGCUAGACCAAGGCCUCAUAGAACAUCUGCUCAGUAACCUCGAGGUGGUCAGCUGCUACAACUUCUUUCUUAACAAAGACAAUUUCGAAGGCUACACUAGAGGCGUUUUCAAAAAUAUACUGCCCUUUCCAUUCCAAUAUAUGCCACCCCUCAACCUCAAAGCUCGUGCUGCGGCUAUUUGCGAAACCGCAGGCAUAUCGUCAACAGAAGAGUCAAACCAACUACGUCAGCUUAAGGAGCGAGAAAAAACUUUAAGAGAAACUCCGACUUUGUCGAACUUUGACCAAUCUCAAAGAAAUGCCUCUCUCAAAGUGGUCCUUGACCAGAUGGACAUUCUCACCAACAUGAGAUGCGUAUCGCUAUUGGAAGAGACGAUCAAGCUGGUGAAAGAUCUUGGGCUACCUAAAUCGUACCCCUCGUCCAUUCUGUUUGAUGCAUACAUCCAGUGCAAUACUGAUCCCAACCUGAAGACCGACUUUGUCCUAAAAUAUCUGAAAUCCUCGCACCCAGACCUCUUGCAGUCCUAUCAAGAUAUACAGCCACAGCCUGUCUCUUUUGCCACUGCAGUCCAGUCCCUGGCACGCAACUACCUCUGAUUAUUGCUCCGGCUUGUGAAUUCCCGCGUAUACGUUAUAAUACACAACAGUCCCAUCGCGAUCACAAAUUCCUAGAAUAAUCUUUUCCACUCCUAGACUCUCGAAGAUCUGGUCCAAGCGUUGCAUAGUCAGGUGGUCAUCGACGAGCACCGGGAACACACAUUCCAGCGUGUUGUCUGGGGUUGUCCCAAAGAGAGCAUCAAUACCAUUUUUUGAGACUUCCUCCACAUUGGUCCAGAGAUGGUAAUGUACAAGGUUCAGUUUGACCUUCUCCAUCUAAGGAAAAAUUAAAUUUAAAAAAAAUCAAACACUUAGAAACAGCCCAGUGUCAAUGAACUCUUGGAAUCCUGUCCCGCGCGCGCUGGGACAAACCAAGCAGCAUUUGCUGCGACGACGGCAGAUGGUGGGUUCAUCUCAGCAGGUGCGGCCCAUCCAACAGUUGAAACUGCGCAAAGUGCGCCAGAAAAGCCGCGGUCUUCUCAUCUGGCUCUAUUCCAUCUCGCUGCUGACGUUCGGCAUUUCGUUUCUCCUUCUGAACUCGCUCGUGCCUAUAGAUGUCAUUUUGCGCUCGCUCACCAGCUCCAUCAUCGCAUUCAACACUCUUGUCAUUGUCUGUGCUUGUGCGCUGUUUCUACUGCUAAGUGCCAUUAUCUACAUAGUUCGCAUUCUCAUCAUCAAACGGCACUUGCAGGACAUCCCAAAACCAUACAUGCCCAUCACCGAGAAAGACAUUGGCAAACGAGAAGCCAACUACAUCGCCCAACAAAUUGCACGGACUAAGGAGAUCAAAAAAUUGGCCGGCCCUCAGGGCCCCCUGGAUCAUGCUGGACUGCACUGCGGCCAGAGCUCGGUGGACAUCCCGCUACCGGACAAUCUGAUAUACGAGAACGUGGUGUGCGCCAUUGGCGAAGAUAUAAAAUACCGACACGCGCUCCGCCUAACUAGCACUUUUCAGAUCAAAGUCGAGCCCAAUCAGACGCUACGGGAUAUUAUAUCCACCGUCAUACGGAGAACAAAUGUUUCUGCUCGCGACUCGGAUCUAUUGGCGGAAUUUUUAGCGCAUUAUGAGAAGCUAAGGUUCAGUGGGCAGCCAAUCACGAAGGCUGAAUUUCUCACGUUCCUUCGCUUAUGGGAUAACACAAGGACGAUACUGAGAAGACAGCUGUAGCACAACUGUAGCCAAACGCAAGUACAUAUAUAUAGAUAUUUCCCUAAUUCGACAUUCG